ACCGUCGCACGCGCAAGCCUUGCGUCGAAUGUGACGCAAAUGAAAUCAACGGCCUAAGGAAAAGCGAAGUGAAAAAAAAAACUAAGUGAUCAGAUGAGGAAGCUCGAGCACUUUUCUGCACUCGGCUGUUGACCUUCAAAAUAAAAAGAGUGCAAAGAAUCAAACAAUCCGAAAAAGAACAGGAGAGAGAAAAGAGAAACGAAAAAUAAAACCAAGAGUGCACCUUGAGUCACGUGAUUCAAGUUCAGGGUUUGCUGUUGUUGUUAUCCGCCGCUUUUUCUGCCGAAGAAGAUACUUCACUUUCAUGCAAGGAAGUUCGGUAACAGCUUUCGCCGGCGAAAGUCUCCUCACGUGUUACGGUUCUCGUGCCGGUGAAGUUGUCUUCCGAACCGGUGGUUCUAUUUCAGGACCGGACUUAUGAUCAUCAUUUCGUUCUGAUGGUAUCGACUCGGCUCUUUAACUGUCAGCCACUCAAGUGGUUAAUAUUUAUUUGUUGAACUCCCUUGUUAAUCAAACUCGUCUACAAAGUCUUCAAAGCAAAGCUGAAGAUUAUGCUUUUCAACGUAAUAUCGUGACAAAUGAAAGUGGAAUUUGGAUAUUCGACUGAUUGUUGUGUCAACAAACCUUAAAAGUGUCACAAAAAUAGUGAGAAGAGAAAUAAAAGUGAACUUUUAGUUACUUUAGUGAAUCAAAGAAAAUGGAAAUUAAAAAUAUUUUAGUUAGAACUAUCAGCUGCAAUAUAGUUGUACUUCUCGCAAGUUUUAGCGUUUUUCUCGCACUGCCAGUAACUUCAGUGGAUCCUUUGACCUGCGCACCUGAGCAGCAGACGUUUGAGUUGGUGACGGCAUUUGUGUUCACUGCUCCAGACGACACCUUGGAACUUGUUCCUGGUACCCUGCACCUGACGGACUGUCUGUCGUACUGUCGGCACAAUGCAUCGUGCCGCUCGGUCAAUUACGAGACCGGACUAUGUGUACUCUUUAGCUCCAGUGCAACCCAGCGUCCAGAAGCACUUACAUCUUCACAAUUCCCCGUUUUCACUAUCUACGCCCAGAAGAUAUGCUUGGACAAAGUAGAAUGCAAUCGCGAGUGGAUUUUCGAGCGCGUGUCCAAUUACGAAUUGCUGGAACGAACGAGGAAGAGCAUUUCGGAUGUGUCCACCAAGGAACGCUGCAUGGAGUUCUGCUUGUCCGAAAAAGAAUUCGAGUGCCGUUCCGCCAAUUACCACGGCGCUCUGAAAGAAUGCCAGUUGAGCGACGUCGACCGACAUUCCGUCCAAAAUUCCAAGUUCUUCGUACCGGCUGAAGACGGCACAGUAUACCUUGAGAGCAACUGCGUUGAUCCACCCGUCAGACUGUGCGAAUUUCACAAAGUAGGUGGGAAAAUACUGAAAACCGUUGACGCCGUGUUUCGAGACGUGAAGACUUUGGAAGGAUGCCGCAAAAAGUGUCUGAGUGUCAAUUACCGCUGCCAUUCUUUCGACUUGGGUGAUCCCAAUAACAGCGUCUGCCGUCUCAGUCACUUAGCAAGCCCAACUCUGGCAAACAUCGAGGAUCCUUACCUGGAGAUACAUGGGGCUUCGACAUAUGAGAUAGCAGCCUGUUACAAUGUGACCAUCCAGUGUAGAUCGCGGGAAAUGGUGGCAUUCGUUCGGACAGGUAAAGUCUUCAACGGCAAAGUCUAUGUGAAGUCCCGCCCCAACUCCUGUGUUACGGACGUCAUCAAUAGCAUGGAGUUCGAGAUCAGGAUGGCCUACCACGACCUAAAUUGCGACGUAAAACAAGAGGGCAACAGCGAAUUCUCUAACGACAUUGUGAUCCAACACCACGACAUGAUCGUCACGAAUCAGGAUCUAGGAGUGACCGUGCACUGCCAGUAUGACCUUUCUAAUAAGAGUGUCGCUCACGGCGUACGACUCGAGGUCAGCAAUACACGUGAAGGUAGGAUGGAAUCUCUAAGUGACAUAAACAUGUACGGCAGUCACUCUGUGAACGUGGGUGCGCCCAACGUCACUAUGAAGGUCACGGACCGGCUGGGGCGAGACCUCUUCACUGCUCAAGUCGGAGACCCUCUCUUGCUCAAGUUCGAGAUCAUGGACGUGAACAGUCCGUAUGAUAUAUUUGUACGGGAACUUGUCGCUAUGGAUGGAAUAGAUAACAGUGAAAUCUUGCUCAUUGAUGCCCUUGGAUGUCCAACAGAUACUCUGAUUAUGGGAUCGUUACAAAAAGCCAGAAGCGGAGACAAAGUUCUGCACGCAAACUUUGAUGCGUUCAAAUUCCCAACAUCAGAAAUCGUUCAGUUCAAAGCUCUUGUCACUCCAUGCUUGCCAGCUUGUGAGCCCGCUGAUUGCUCCGUGCGAACUUUCGAUGGCGCAAGUCAGAAAAUGGCAUCUUACGGUAAAAAGAGGAGGAGGAGAGAAUCCGACAGAAUCCGGCGUUCGACAGAAGAAGAUGAGCUAGUGGUUGUCCAAACCAUUCAUAUCACUGACAAGUUUGGUUUCGACAGAGAAAGUCGAAGAAUGGAUUAUGGGAAUGAUUUUAGAUCAUACAAUGAACUAGGGGAAGCAAGUUCAACAAGUGCAACUUGUCUAAACACGACUGGCCUCAUUGCGGCUUGCACUUUAUUUCUCAUUGCACAACUCAUUGUGCUGCUUGCAUGGGCAUUCAUCUGGCAUAAGAAGUUAAGAGCGAAGUCGAUACGGAAAGAGAGCAGCAGAAGCAUUGAUAUGAUUUAUAACAGUAGAAGAGAAAGCGCAGCUGGUAACAGUAUCGGAAUCGACAAUCCUUACAGAUCAGACAUCAGUCCAUACGAUACGGUUUAUACUAAUGCAGCUCAAAGUCAAUGUCUACAAAGGCGAUACUGAGUAUCAAGAAGACUGAAUAAAGCCCCUCUCAGUGAAGUUGAAUUUUGAAGUUUGUAAGAACUCUGAGGAUCUUAACCCUAAAUGACUCUUUUCACUGAAACAUAAGAGAUGAACUUCAUAUUCUUGCUCACACGGCACAGUUCCAAAGAGAAUUAAAAAAUAAAACAAACCUAUUUAUUAGAAGUUUGGGGUUGUUAGUGAGACAGAACCAUAGAAAGGUGAAAUUGUGGAACUGGGUGUUCGUCGAUUUUUCUGUUGUCCAGCUUGUGUAAUUUAUUUAUUUGUGAAUGAACUUGUUUCUACAGUCUGGAAGAUGGACCUCAUCUUGAAGCCAGUUGUCAGUGUUGCCAACAAUCGUUCUCUAUUUUAUUAUUCACUGUUUUUAAGGUUUUUUUGAGUGGAAAAAAUUCAUUAAUAUUCGUUCAUGUUUUAUCAUUUACGUUCAUCCUAAACAUGUCAUUUUUUUACA